AUGACAUCACUCUCUACAUACCCAUCUCAAAUCCAAUCUCUUUCUCUCACUAAGAAAAAAUCCGAUCUGGUUUCUCUCAACCAAUUCUACUGCAACGAACUCCCUUCUCUCAUUCACCAACGAAACCCUAACCCUUUCAUCACCACUCAAGAACUUUCCAAACUCAUGCAAUGGAAACUCACCCGUGGAAAAUGGAGGCCGCGUUUGUUGGAUUUUGUCUCUUCGAUAGAAGAUGCUGUUGUGAAACGUGCUUCUGAGAAAGCUUUUGAGAGUCUUCCUGAUGUGGAGAAAGCGAUUUCUGAGUUAAGUGCGUUAAAACUCUAUACACUAGAAGAGCUUAAUUAA